AUGGUUAACUUAAAUCCACAAACAAUUGCAGAGAUCGAAGAAUGUCUUCGUGCAUUACUCCAACCAAACAAUGAUAUUAUUAAAGCUGCAACUGAUAAAUUAAAUAAAUUAUUAAAAAAGAGUGAAUAUUCAUUAUAUCUUUUCCAUUUAUUAGAAAGUUCACCAUAUGAUGAGAUUAAACAAUUAUCAGCAGUAUUAUUAAGACAAAAAUUAGUUGCACAUUGGACUAAAUUUUCAGUUGAAAGUAGAAAAUAUAUUAAAGAUUCAAUCCUUAAAUUAGUUAUCUCUCAACCAAGUCAAUUAGUUAGACGUUCGAUCUCUGAGGUUAUUAUUAUCAUUGCUAGAUUAGAAGUUGCAACUGGUACUUGGGGCGAUUUAUUCCCAUUCCUUCUUCAAUUAUCUUCAAGUCCUGAUACUAUCGUUAGACAAAUUCAAAUUCAUAUUUUAGAUUCAUUAAUUUCAAAUGUCGAUGUUUUCUUAAAAUAUUUCCCACAACUUCCAACUGUACUCUCACAAGCUGUUAUUGAUCCACAAUUAUCAGUUAGAGCAUUGGCAGUAAAAGCAAUUGGUUCUUCAAUUUAUGCUGUUCAAACUGAUUCAAAACUUAAACCAUUUAUUGAUUUAAUUCCAACAACAUUACAAGUAAUUAAACAAUGUAUUGAAAAUGAAAUGGAAGAUGAUGUUAUUUCAGCAUUUGAAAUUUUCAAUGAUUUAGUUGAAUCACCAUACUCAUCAAUUAAAGCACAUAUUCCAUUAAUUGUUAAUUUCAGUAUUGAAAUUGUCAAACAACCAGAAAUUGAUAAUUCAAUUAAAACUAUUGCACUUGAAUUCUUAGAAACUUGUAUUAAAUAUCAACCAAAAAUUUUAAAAAAUUCAAAUUUAUUAAAUCCAAUUUUAGAAAUAUUAUUUAAGAUAUUAACAUUUGAAAGUGAUAGUUCAAUUGAUGAAAAUGAUUAUGAAUAUAAUAUUUUACAAUCAGCAAGUGUUGCAAUUAAAGAAUGUGGUAAAUCAUAUAGUAGUAAACUUAUUUAUUAUCCAAUUUUACCAACAUUGAAACAAUUUUUAGAGAGUGAAAAUGUAAACUAUAGAAAUGCAGUAAUGGUAAUCAUUCAACAAUUAUCCUAUGGUUGUAUUGAAACUAUGAAAGAUGAUUUGGAUAAUAUUAUUCAAUUUGUUUUGAGAGGAUUAAAAGACCAAGAGAAGAAAGUAAGACAAUCAGCAUGUGUAACCAUUGGAAAACUAUCACAAACUCUUACACCUGAAAUCUAUAAAUACACAAACCAAGUAUUCCCAUUACUUUUCCAACAAUUGUCAGACCCAGAUGACCAAUUCAUUUUGAGAUGUUGUUUCGCAUUGGAGAAUUUCUUAUUGAAUUUAGAUUCUCAAGAGUUGAUUCCAAUAUUACCAAACGUAAUGGACAAAAUGGGUUUACUAAUUCAAAGACAAAAUAUUCAAGUUAAAGAAUUUGCAUUAUCAGUUUUAUCUGCUAUUGCCAUUGCUAUUGAAGAUAAAUUCGAACCAUACUUUAAUCAAGUCUAUCAAAUUGCCAUUGAGUUGAGUAAAGGUGCAAAUAUUCAAGAUGCAAAAUAUUAUUUACAAGUUGCUCAAUCAUUUGAUUUACUCGCUGCUUUAAUUAACACAAUUCCAAAAGAACGUUUCACACCAUUAAUUAAAGAUUUAUUCACUUUUAUUCAUGACACCGUUGAAUUGGUAGCAGGUGGUAAGUCAAGUGAAAUUGUAGAAUCUGCUUUCAAUUUCUAUUCAAAUGCAUUUGAAUUAUUUGGUGAAGAAGUUGGUGAAUUAUUACCACCAAUUUAUUUACAAGUUUUUAAAUCUGCAACUAGUGACGAUGGUGUUAUUUCAAAUAGUGCUGGUGGUAGUGGUAUUAGUGGUAUUGAUAACGAAGGUGAGGAACAAGAUAUUCAAGAUGACGAAGGUGAAGAUUCAAAUGGAUUUAGCGUUAGAACAAGUUUCUUGGAUGAAAAAUCAGCUGCACUUCGUUGUUUAGCAAUUAUGGCUAAAUCAUUACCAAAUUCAUAUUUCCCACAUAUUGAAACCACUGUUCAAAUCAUUGAACCAUCAGCUGCAUAUUUCCAUGAGGAUAUUAGAGAGGCUGCAUUAUUAACUUUACAAUCAUUGAUCACUCCAAUCAAUCAUAAAUUCCCACCAGCCACUCCAUGGGUCAAGGGUGAUGUACAACAUCAAGUUUCUCAACAAGUUCGUAUCAUUUUAGAUUUUUCAUUCCAAAUUUAUAACCAUAUCUUUGAAAUGGAAACAAAGAAAGAGGUAGUUGCAAGAGCAUGUGGUUGUAUCGCUCAAACCAUCGCUCAAUUAGGUCCAGGUGCAGUCGCCCCAUAUUUAGGCGAUUUCGGUCAAAGUUUAUUAAAAAUCUUUAAUAAUAGUUUAUAUUGUCAAACUUAUUCAUCACCAGAUACAAACGAUGAAGCCGAUGUAAAUAACGAUGACGACGAUGACGAUGACAAUGAAAAGGCAGAUGGUGAUGAAGACGAUGGCGGCAAUGAUGAUGACAAUUUCGACGAAGAUGAAGAUACAGAAUUCCAAUUAAUCGAUAUGGCAUGUGAAUGUAUUAUCGAAUUGGCAAAUGUAAUUGGCCAAGAAUUUAAACUUUAUUUAGAUGCUUCAUUACCAUUCCUCUUUAAAUUAUCACGUUCCUCAACAAUCCAUCAUUCAAUUAAAGCUGUUGUAAUUGGUACAAUCGCAGAAUGUUUCAAAUUGAUUGGAUCCGACUACAGUGCUUAUUUACCAAGAAUACUUAAAUUCACUUGGAAAGCAUUAAAGAAUCAAGAAGAGUCUGCAAAAGUUCAAAGAGUUUGUUGUUUCCUCUUGGGUGUAACAUUACAAAAUUCAAUUAAAGCCACUCAAGAUCAAUAUCUUCAAACUUUACAAUUGAUUUCACCAAUCAUUAUGAAACAAGAUCAAGAUCCAUUGGUAUUAGAUAAUGCAAUUGGUUGUAUUUGUCGUAUGAUCGCUGGUAAUCAAUCAUUUGUACCAGUUGCUACAGCUUUACCAGUUUUAAUCUCAAAAUUACCAAUUCAAAAAGAUCAUGAAGAAAUUGAUCCAGUUUUAAAUGCUCUCUUGGUAUUAUUCAAUACUCAAUUCGAUUUAAUCGCUCCACAUACUCAAACUAUUGUUCAAUCUUUAGCUCCAUACAUGAAUAAAUCAAAAUAUCCUUUAAAACAAACUACUUCUGAUAAAAUUCAACAAAUCAUUCAUAGUUUAAUUGUUAAAUUCCCUGAUCAAAUGAAACAAAUUUUAUCAAAUAUUCCAGAAUUUCAAAAUAUUAAAUUUUAA